AUGCUGUCUCUCCGUGCUUUCUCCCGUGCCGCCCCACGUUUCUCGCGCUCCGUCGCCCGCACUUCUCUGCGUCCGGCCGUCUUUCCCAAGACUUCCUUCGUCCAGCCUUGGAAACAGGUCGCUAAGCCCGCCUACGCCAGCUUUUCCACAACCAGCGUCUUCCGCGAGCCCGCGGCUGAGGGUGAUGUCGAGCUGAUCGCGAAGCUCGACGAGGAGCUUAAGCACGAGAAGGCCUCCGGUGUCGAGGAUGCCCGUGAGCAGAAGGCCAGUAUCGAUUACGUUCUCGAUGCCGGCGAGUGGAAGGUCAAGGAUGUUGAAGGCGAGCAGGAGGUUGUCCUGACCAAGAAGUUUGGCAAUGAGACUGUCAAGGUUACCUUCACCGUCGCCGAUAUCAACAACCUCGCCGAGGACCCCAUGGAUGAGCUGGCCGAUGAGACCCUCGGUGAUGAGGGCGAAUACCAGAGCCAGCAGAACAAGGAUGUAGAGGGUGAGGACGAGAUCCUUCCUCCCACCUUCCCUGCCCGCAUCAACGUCGCUAUCGAGAAGCCCAGCAACGGUGCCCUCCUGGUCCAGGCUGUCAUUCAGGAUGGUGACCUCCAGAUCGAGGAGAUCGCCCACUACAGCAACGCCGAGGUUGCCAACGCCCAGACCGCUGAGAAGGACUGGACCCGCCAGAGCCUCUACGCCGGUCCCCCAGCUGAGAACCUCGACCCUGAGCUCCUCGCUUUCUGGGGCCGCUACCUCGAGGAGCGUGGCCUCAACCUGGAGUUCCAGAACAUGGUCACCGACUUCAUUGCGUACAAGGAGCAGAAGGAGUACAUGCGGUGGUUGGAGAACGUCCGCAAGUUCGUUUCUGCUUAA